ACAGACAAUCAGAAAGCAUGUUGAGUUUUAAGCACCAAAUGGCUGAAUUUCUUUUACAAAAUCCAUUCAUAUUCACUUUUGUCGCUAUAUUGCUUGUAUGGCAAUUCGUCAAACCGGUGACGGCCCCUACAUACAGCAAAAAUUUGCCGCCAUCGCCGCCGAAACUCCCAAUUAUCGGAAAUCUCCACCAAAUCGGCACGCUCCCACACCAUUCCCUUCACUCCAUGUCCAAAAAAUACGGCCCUUUAAUGCUUCUCCACUUUGGAAAUGUUCCGGCGCUUAUCGUUUCAUCGGCGGAAACCGCCAGGGAAAUCAUGAAAGCCCAUGACGUCAUUUUCGCUGACAGGCCUGACUCUAGCGUUUCCAGGCGGCUUCUUUACGACAUGAAGGAUUUGUCAGUUGCCCCAUAUGGGGAAUACUGGAGGCAAUUGAAAAGCAUAUUUGUACUCCAGCUUCUAAGUAACAAAAUGGUACAAUCAUUCCAUGCUAUAAGGGAAGAAGAAACGAUCUUGAUGAUGGAAAAAAUUAAGGAAUCGUGUCUUUCUUCAUCGCCAUUGAAUAUGAGUUAUUUGUUUACGGCAAUCACAAACGACGUUGUUUGUAGAUCGGCUUUCGGUAGGAAAUACAGGGACGGGGCGACUGGGGAGAAAUUUCUGCAGCUGAUUACUGAAUAUUUGGGACUUCUGGGGACUCUCAGUGUUGGGGAAUUCAUUCCAUGGCUGGCGUGGAUUAAUCGUCUUAAUGGUUUCGAUGCCAGAGUAGAUUUUGUUGCUAAAGAACUUGAUGAGUUUCUUGAAGGAGUGAUUCAAGAACACUGGGAUAUGGAAAAUUCAAGCGGAAAGGAUGAAAUUAAAGAGAAUUUUGUAGAUAUUCUGCUUAAGAUUUGCAAGGACAAUACCACUGGUGUAUCCAUUGAUAGAGAUGGUAUCAAAGCCAUAAUUUUGGAUGUGUUUGCUGCUGGAACUGAUACCACAUCCACAGUUCUGGAGUGGGCAAUGACAGAACUCUUAAGGCACCCAAUAGUCAUGAAAAAGUUGCAAAAUGAGGUGAGGGGAGUUCUCAAUGGCAAACAUGACAUAACAGAUGCUGACUUGGAGAAAAUGCAUUAUUUGAAAGCUGUAGUGAAGGAAAUUCUACAAUUCCACACCCCAAUCCCACUACUGGUUCCUCGGCAAGCACGAGAAGAUGUCAAGGUAAUGGACUAUGACAUCGCAGCAGGUACAAUGGUCAUGACUAUUGUCGGAAAUUCGACUAACGCAAUCAAAAGAACAAAUAAAAUAAACAAAAAAAUAGAAAACAGUAAAUGAAGCGAGGUAUGCCAA